AUGCAGCGUGGAGCAAAGUCCAGAAGAGGAAAUCGGGCAGGGAUUGGAGAGACACAUAUAGGACCAGAAAACCAGGUGAACAGUGAUGCAGAGAUGGAGGGUGCAGCUUUAAAGGGAGCAUCAGGCACUGAGGGUGAAGAUGUCAGAGAGCCGACAUUGAGAGACUUGACGUGUAUUAUUCAGGCCUUCAUGGGGCAGCAGGAGGCCCGUGAAGUGAAACGGAAAGAGGAGGCGAUACGCCAGGAGCAUCGCUUUAAAGCUCUACAACAUCAGUUCCAGCAGUUGCAGCAGGAGGUACAGGUACGAACUUCUCCAGUACCAGAGCUCACGUCAACAAUUCCAGAUCCUCGGGAGACUCCUGAUCCAGAUGAUGAUCACCCACAGGCCCGAGCCAUAACUCCAUCAGCACAGAUACACCCUGCCAUUAUCUCAUCAGGUCAGUCCCGAGUCUCCCAUGAGCCCAGACUAGAGAAACUAACAGAAAAUGAUGAUGUUGAACAUUUUCUCAUUACAUUUGAGAGAAUUGCAGCAGCAUGUCAGUGGCCAAAAUCUGACUGGGUUUUUCGGCUCAUUCCAUUGCUAACUGGUAAGGCCAGGGGAGCCUAUGUUCAUAUGGAUGUUGAUGAGUCUCUUGAAUAUGACAAGGUAAAAACUGCUGUUCUGAAACAAUAUGACAUUAACCCUGAGACAUACAGGCAAAGGUUUCGUUCCCUGGAUGUUGGACCUGAUGAGAGCCCCAAGGAGCUGUAUGUGAGGCUGAAAGAGCUGUAUGGAAAAUGGAUCCAACCUCAAGGUAAAACAGUUCAGCAAAUUGGUGAAACUAUUAUGGAACAAUACUUGAGAAUGUUGUCUCCUGAGCUUCAGGUUUGGGUAAAGGAGCAUGGUCCAAAAUCAGCUGCUGAGGCUGCCACUCUGGCUGACGUGUUUGUCGCUGCCCGGAAAAAGAGCCAGCCAUGGACUAACAAUGCCUGGCAGGCCGCAAAGGACACUCGCAGGCCUACACCCCCUCAAUACCACCAGAAGUCAACGCCAGGUGUGAGUAAGCCUCCUGCAAGGGAGAAUCAGCAUGUUCCAUUAAGAGCUCCAAAUAAAAUACCCACUUGUUACCUGUGUGGACAGGAAGGCCAUACCAAACCAAUGUGCCCAAAGAAUCCAGCCAAGCUCACUCAAAUGUGUUAUGUUCCACGCCAAAAUAGUGACAUUAAACCUAAGAGUAACCAGUCCAUGAAAAUGACGAAUGUCAAGAUUAAUGGGAAAAACCUCAGAGCCCUGAUUGAUACUGGCAGUACUCAGACCCUGGUGCACAGACAAUAUGUACCAGUUAACGCUAUCUGCACUCUUGAGACCAUCCCUAUCUGCUGUGUGCAUGGCGAUGAGAAGCCUUACCCCACUGCUGACAUUUACAUUGAAGUGCAAGGACAGGCCUAUCUGUUAAAUAUUGGUGUUGUGGACAACUUGCCUUUCCCAGUGGUUUUGGGUGAUGAUCUGCCAGUACUUUUUGAUCUGUUAAACCCAACACAAAGUUGUAAUGUUGCACUCACCAGAGCACAAGCUAAGCAUGCAGAUGGGGAUUCCCCAGCCCUCAGUGCCUUGCUAUUCUAUGGCGUCGAGCUGGAGACACAACCCGGGAAGUCUCGAAAGCCCCGUAGCCAGAGAAGACAAGAGAAAUUCCAAUGCACUGCGGUACAACCAUCAGCUGAGGCUGCUCCAGACAUGCCCCUGGGGUUUCAGAUACCCACCAACAUAAUCCAAAUGCAGCAAAAUGAUCCAACUUUGUCCACCUUGUUACAGAGAGCUAAAGAGAGGGAGCCAGAGACUGAGCCUGAUGGUAGGAGGGAGGAGUACUUCCUGCAAAGUGGUGUUCUUUACCAUCGGCAUGGCCAGGUUAAGCAGCUAGUGAUCCCGCAAGCAGCCCGAGAUGUAGUACUUACCUUGGGCCACGCUAUUCCCUGGGCUGGCCACCUAGGGAAACACAAGACCACUGCUCGCAUUAAGCGCCAUUUCCACUGGCCAGGCUUAUGUUCAGAUGUGGCCCAGUUCUGCAGGAGUUGCCCUCAGUGCCAAAAGACAUCAAUUAGAGGUCUCACCAAAGCCCCUCUCCAACCUCUCCCAAUCAUCAGUACUCCCUUUGAAUGCCUUGGGAUGGACAUUGUUGGUCCUGUGGAAAAAAGUAAAACAGGAAACCGUUUCAUGUUGGUCAUCACAGACUAUGGCACCAGAUAUCCAGAAGUUUUCCCAUUGAAAUCCAUUAAAGCAAAAACUGUGGCUUUUUCCUUGGUUCAGUUUUUCUCCAGGGUGGGUUUCCCUCAUGAAAUUUUAACUGACCAGGCCACUAACUUUAUGUCUACCCUCUUGAAACAGGUCUACCAGCUGCUGGGCAUAAAGAGUGUGCGUACCACCCCUUACCAUCCACAGACAGAUGGACUGACGGAGCGUUUCAACCAAACCCUCAAACAGAUGCUCCGUAAGUUUGUGAAUGAGACUGGAUCUGACUGGGAUCACUGGCUUCCCUACCUACUCUUUGCCUAUUGGGAGGUACCCCAAGCCUCCACUGGUUUCUCCCCCUUUGAACUCCUCUGUGGUCAUGAGGUGAGGGGACCUCUGACCUUGUUAAGGGAGACCUGGGAAGUGGAGCAGGGGAGGGAGGAGCCUGUUAAUGUCAUUUCUUAUGUCAUUCAGAUGAGAGAGAAACUGCAGCGGAUGAGUCAAUUGGCCCAGACACACAUGGUGGAGGCCCACUGGAAGGAUAAGGAGAGAGCAACUGUCUGUGGACACCACAUGUGAAACCAUUUCCUGUUGGGGGUUGUCUUGCUUUUGCCUCUCCAUUGCACCUGUUGUCACUUUGAUUUGCACCAAAGCAGCUGAAACUGAUUCACAAUCACUUAAUACAUCAUACUAUGAUGACAUAAGUUGAACAGGUACAAAUUUUCAUUUAUCCCACUGUCAAUCAAGCUACUUAAUAACAGGAAAUGAAGGUCAACUUUUUCAACUUAAACUUUUUUUUUUGAAUUAUAUGUUGUCUGUAUAUGUGGUGGCUGUGUGACGGUGGAUGGUCUCUCGCAGGUCCAAAACAAAUUUCUCCUAAGGGAGACAAUAAAGAUCUUAUCUUAUCUUACUUGUGCUUCCUAAAUGGACAGAUUGAUAUCCCUGAAGUUUAACUGAUAUUCUGUGACGCUGUGACUGUAAGUGGUGUUCCUGUAUUUUUUUUUUCUUGAGCAACGUAGAAAGGCAAGGAGGUAAUUCUACCUUUUGUUUUAUUCCUCUAUGUUUGACAAUU